AUGUCUGCUCCACCCCUUGUGCCUCUUGCACGCAUCUCGGCCGAGAACUCUUGCAGAGGGGAGGUUUCUGAAACUUCUGCUGCAUCUUCUCAUGAGAGUGAAGGUGGCACUCUAGAUAGCAGUAAUGAUCGAAGUUCAUUUGUAGAAGGAGCUGGCCCAUGCUUCUCAGCUGAGAAUCAAAGUAUUUACACGGACAAAACAGAUGAAACAGGGCAGUUUCGCUGUAGCUCCGUGGAUCAGACAGGGUCAUCAUCUUCAGUCAUAACAGUCAGGGCUGAAAAGGUGCAACACAAACAAGAUGUAGCUGAUAGCCAAAAAACUGUUAAGCUUAUAUUUGCACAAGAUGGUGCUACUGGAUUCGUGAAUUGCUCAAGUUAUAAUGGAGGCAUAACCUCAAUUGAUCAAUCAAAUGCAGAGAAACCUACUCAGCCUUCAGAGUUUGUGAGGUGUGAUGGUGAAUCAGCUUCCCUGUAUGACGUAAAGGUCUGUGACAUCUGCGGAGAUGCUGGACAGGAGGAAUUUCUUGCUGUUUGUAGCAAGUGCAAUGUUGGUGCAGAGCAUGUUUACUGCAUGUGCCCAAUGUUGGAGACAGUUCCUUACAGCAAUUGGAUGUGUGAAGAUACGAAUCUUUAA